UCAAAGGUUAAUGAUAGAUUAUACAUCAGUGGUGGAUAUGUAUCAGAAAAAUUAGAAAUAUUAAAAAAAAAUGGAAUAACACAUAUUAUCAACGCCUCAGACUCUUAUCAGAAUGUAUAUGAAGGUCAAUUCGAAUAUUUGAAAUUAGAUUUAAAGGACAACGUAAACGAAAAAAUAUCUGAUAUUUUUGAAAAGACAAUUGACUUUAUAGAGCGUGCCAUGGAAAACGAUGGAGUAGUAUUAAUUCAUUGUAAUAAGGGUAUUAGUAGAAGCACCUGUUUAUGUUGUUUAUGGAUUAUGAAAAAGGAAAGAUGUUGCUUAAAGAAAGCCUUAGAUAUGGUUAAAAUUGCGCGUCCUGUAUCCGAACCCAACCCUGGCUUUGAAGCAUGUUUAUUAGAGUGG